AUGUUAUCCCUACAUUUAAUCCUAGGUUUCGUUGGUGUAGCGUUAACAGAAGGUGUAAUCGUUGAAAUAACCAACGGGAAAAUCGAGGGUUACACGCGAGUCAGUCCGAAUAACGUCAAGUUUAACGCUUUUCAAGGCAUCCCCUACGCAAAACCUCCCACAGGGAAGCUGAGAUUCCUCGCGCCUGUUCCUCACGAUAAUUGGCCGGGAGUGUUGGAAACGAAGAAAGACGGAAACCGAUGCUUUUCAGUAGCCAAAGAUACUGAUGAUGAAAGCGAAGAUUGUUUAUUUAUAAAUGUCUACACGCCGGUCUUAAACUUAAAUCCCAUCGAAAAUGCCACCCUCCCUGUCAUGGUGUACAUCUACGGGGGCGGUUUCAGGGACGGCGCGUCCCAAUACGACUUCUACGGGCCCGAUUAUCUCAUCGAACAACAGGUCGUUAUGGUGUCGCUGAAUUACCGAGUGGGCCCCUUCGGUUUCCUCUCCACCGGCGACGGAACCGUCCCUGGAAACGCCGGCCUGAAGGACCAACGUUUGGGGCUCGAAUGGGUCCAACGGAAUAUCCGGCGGUUCGGCGGCGAUCCGAGUAGGGUGAUCGUGUUCGGACAGAGCGCAGGCGCCGCCUCCGUUGGGUUGCAUAUCUUGAGCAAAGGCUCCGCCGGUUUAUUUCGAGGGGCGAUCGGCGAAAGCGGAUCGGGCAUCAGCAAUUGGGCCUAUUUGCCCGAUCCCAUACGCUAUCCCUACGAGCUCAUCUCGCUGAUUAACAAAUCGAUUGAAUUGAACACGAGCCAGGCGAUUCUGGAUUAUUUGCAAACCGUACCGGCCAAAGAAAUCGACGUGGCUUCCACCAAAACUCACACAGUUAAUCAUCCCCUUCCGGUGAUCGAGGUGGAACACGACGGGGCGUUUCUGACGGAGAAAUUCUACGAGAUUCUCGAUAGGGGCGAUAUCAACAGGGUGCCUUUGAUGAUUGGGUGCAAUUCGGAGGAGUACCUCGCGUUGAGUAAGAAUAUGGAUUCGUUGAGGAGCAGAGCGGCCUCGUACGAUAAGGACUUGAGGAAAUUAGUACCGAAAAGCAUGAACAUCAUCGAUGAGAACAAACGGGUGGAAAUCGGCCGGAAAAUCAAGGAAUUCUAUCUGGAUGAUGGUAAAUCGUUCGCCGAUAAUCCGGGAUACGCCAUAGCGUACAACAGCGAAAGUCACUUCAUAAACCCCAUCAUAAAGCACGCCGAAAUGCAAUCCAAAUUCACCGAUGUUUAUUUGUAUAAAUUCUCGUACGGCGGAGUGAUGGGGAAGAAUCUCAACGUCACCUUACCAGGCGUCGAGAAAUGCACGCACAGCGAGGAAUUGUUCUACACGUUUAAAAGAAUUCUACCGGAUUACGACAACAGCGAUUUGUCGCAGUUUCCCCCAAAGGACGUGCUCACUCAUAAGAGGAUGGUGAAACUUUGGACCAAUUUCGCUAAAAACUUGAAUCCAACGCCAGUGGAAGAUGCUGUUUUAGAGGACAUUAUAUGGCCGAAAUUGACCCCUAACGAUUUUCAAUAUUUGAAUAUAGACGAGGAAUUAACCGUACAAACGGACAUCAAGCAUGGACGGUACAGGAAAUGGAUGGAUCUCUUCGCUAAAGAAGCUCUACCCCCUUACGUUGUUGUAUAA